GAAUGGUAUCCGUCAAGAAACUGGGUAAAGGCAAGCCGCACCUAAAGCAUAAAGUUGGCUUGGAGAGGAAACUAAAGAAGUUGGAAAAUGCGGAAGAAAGGAAAGAAAAAAAGAAGAUGAAGAAAGUAAACAAGUUGGUUGACUUUGAAGAAAAUGCAGCUGGGGAAGAGGUCAAAAAACAGAAGAAGCUGAAAAAGAAAGGAAAGAAGAAAGCACAAGACGAGGUAGCUGGUAUGAAGGAGGAAGAGAGUAUGAAUGUUGAUGAAGGAGAAGAAGAAGAAGAUUCUGGCUUGUCAGACGAAGAAGCUGUGAAUGCAUCCGAAAGCAAAUCUGCGAAAAAGCAUCUGGAAAACCUACAAAAACUGAAGGAAACCGAUCCAGAAUUUUACAAAUUUCUCCAAGAGCAGGAUGCUGACCUUCUGGAAUUCCAUGCAUCUGAUGAAGAGGAAGAGGAAGCUGAAGAUGAGGAAGAAAUAGAUGACGAAAUGGAACUUGAUCAAGAGAAGGAAGUGGGAAAGAAACCGGCUAAAGAAUCGCGUAUACCGAAAGCAAAGAAGGAUAGUAGUGGACGAUUAGUGUUUGAUGGUAUGAUGCUGAAUUAUCUGGAAAAUGCGAUAGAUUCUGAAGAUGAGAAGCAGCGUAUCAACAUAGAAGAUAUCCGUCUUGGCGUUGAAGCUUUCAAUGCUUGCGUUGCUCGAGUAGGAGCCGAUGUUGACGCACCAAAGUAUAUUAUCAAUGAGCAGGCAGUUUUCUACGCCACUGUUCGUUUAUGCUUCGAAAAACUCGGAGAUGCUUUCAAAAUGCUCAUAACCGGAAAGAACAAAGUCAAAGUCGAACCAGGUAUCGAACCCGAUGAAGAAUUUUUGUCGAGGCUAAAGCACAUCAAAAAAUACCAAACGCCGCUCAAGCAGUACCUUGCUAGCUUGUUAAUUUUUGCGAAUGAAGUCCAAACCCCUGAUGUCAUUGUGUCAACACUGAAAGCCAUUCGUCAUAUAGUCGAUCUGUAUGCACAUUUUAAGAAGAUUACGAAAAACUUAUCCAAGGUACUCGUGAGGAUAUGGUCAAGAAAAACGUUAGAAUGUCGGGUAGGAGCUUAUGUAUGUAUGACCCAGUUGGUAAAAUCUCACCCGGAACACUUUGUUAGUCUAUACAAGAGUUGCUACCUUGGCUUUGUCUCCAAUUCCCGUGAGGUCACAUCGGAAACCUGGCCCAUUUUACAUUUCAUGCACAAAACAUUUGCUGAACUGACCGUUCUACAUCCAAACCUUGCCUAUCCCUACGCGUUCGUUUAUAUCCGACAGAUUGCCAUCCAUCUGAGGAAUGCCAUUAUCUCGAAGAAGCGAAAGGACAUGGUCCGUACCAUCUAUAAUUGGCAAAUGAUGCAAUGUCUCUAUCUGUGGGCACGUGUGAUAUCAAAAGCGCAUGCCGUACACGAUUGUGAAGCCAUCUGUGAAUUGACAUAUCCACUCACGCAACUUGUUCAUGGAGUGCUGAAACUAUACCACUCGCUCCGGUAUAUACCUCUUAGACUACAUUGUAUAUCGAUACUAAUCCAACUGCAGGCUAAUUGUGGAGUUUACAUUCCUACACUGACAUUGGCGAUUGAGCUCCUGAACGAUGUUGUCCUGAUACUAGCAAAGAAGCCAAAGACGAGUAAAAAUGCAAAAAUUGUUGAUAUGGAGUCUUCUCUCAAGGUCGCAGCGCUGACGUUAGAGGAGAGCUCUUGGCGAACAGCACUUUGUGACUACAUCUUCAGAAUUACUCUUCAGGCAACACAUCUGAUUUGCAGUCAACCGAGUUUCCCUGACGUCAUAGUUCCGGUAACAUUCAGGAUUCGAAAUUUCCUUCGGAAGAUUCGUUCUGUCGAGUUCGCACGAUGUUUCCGAGCUUUGUUAGAAAAGAUGGAAGAACAAGCCAAGUUUGUUGCGGAUAUUAUUUUGACCAAGGAGUUCAGUAUCAAAGAUGAUAUGCAAGUGAUGUCCCUAAAAUUAGCGCUGAACAACCCUGACUCUCCCCUUCGCACCUAUUAUAGACAGUGGGAAAAAGCAUGGCGGAUGAAGCAGAGGCUCCUCUUGAAGGCUGAGACAAAGGAGAAGACUAAGCAACCAAAGGAGUCUAAAAAGAAGAAGGAUGAGAAAAAGCCGAAGAAAGAGGAAGAGGAUAUCAAAAUGGAACAAAAACCGAAGAAGAAGCGAAGACUGAGCCAGCCAGCUGCUGCACAUGCUGAUCCCACGGUCCCAGACCAACUUGGAGAUUUAGACAAUUGGAGCGAUAGUGAAUAACCUCAAAUUUUGUUAUUGUAAAUCAUUGUUACUGCGUGUAGAAACAAUAUCGUUGCCUUUCAUAUAGAAAAGUAGCUUGUUUUGUUAAUUCUUAUUUAGGUCAUUGACUCUAACAAAAAUUCUUAGAAUUUCAGAGUUAUUGUUGUUGUUGCUGUUGUUCGAUGUUGUAUGUUGUUAUAGUCUUCUUCUAACCUGUUCUUUUAUGACAUAUAAUCAAUGGUUCUAUAUAAAUUUCAGGAUUUUUUUA